GAUUCAAAGUUAAAAACAUUUUGGGAAACAAAAAAGAACAAACAAUCUCCCUCCUCUUCUUCUUCUCCAUCCACAUCCACCCAAAUGCAACCGGAAAACCUUCUCCUCCACCAUACCCACCACCAUCACCUCUCUCUCGGAUGCCCCAUCCUCGACGCCGCCCUCGGCGGCGGCAUCCCAUCCAACUCCAUCACCGAGCUCGUCUCCGAAAGCGGCUGCGGCAAAACCCAACUCUCUCUUCAACUCCUCUUCACCGCCCAGCUUCCCCACGGCCUCAGCGGCUCCUCCCUCUACCUCUACUCCGAGUUCCCCUUCCCCUACCGCCGCUUCGCCCAACUCCUUCACUCUUUUCGGUCCUCCCACCCUAUUCUAUUUGCCAAUUAUCGUGACCCUUGUGAUCAUAUAUUUACCCGUGACUGUCACACUGCACACCACCUGCUCGACGUAUUGCUUCAGUUGGAAUCUCGGCUUAAACACCCGAAGGAGACCCGGUUGGAUAUUAAGUUGAUUGUUAUUGAUUCCAUUGCUGCUUUGUUCAGAAGUGAGUUUGAGAAUAACGGUGCUGAUCUUAAGAAAAGGUCGGCGUUGUUUUUUAAGAUAUCUUCGGUUUUGAAGAUGUAUGCUAAGCGGUUUGGGAUUGCGGUUGUGAUAACGAACCAGGUGGUUGAUUUGGUUGAUGAUAGUGAAGGGGUGAGUGGUGUUCAGGUUGGGAACUUGGAGGGGAUGUGGACGUCUGGGAGACGGGUUUGUCCUGCUUUGGGGUUGUCGUGGGCGAACUGUGUUAACUCGAGGUUGUUUUUGUCGAGACGAGAGGUGAUAGAAGGGGUUGAAAAUGGGUUGCAGGGUGAUGAUUACGGUGGUUUUGUAAAUAGACGACAAAGGAGGGAGCUUCAUGUUGUUUUUGCUCCGCAUUUGCCCUAUUCGUCUUGCGAGUAUGUCAUAAGAAAGGAAGGUGUUUUCGGAGUUGACAGAUAAAUUUAAUUUGGUUGCCAUGAGCAAGCAUGUCAUUUUUGGUUCUCCUGCUACCUCUUUGUAAGUUGCAUAAAUGAAAACAGUUGAACAUGUCUAUUUGUUAUUAUAGAUAAUUUAAAUUACUUGAGUUAACUGGUUCAUUCUGGUUCAAGUUUUGCUUGUUUAGCAGUGUCUAGAUUGGUUUCUUUUGUAUGAGUUAUAUUUUUCUUUGGCGCGUUUAAGGUAGGCAGGUAUCUUUGAUCUAUGAUGAGUGUAUCCUUUUUCUGGAAAUGUAAUUUCCUAAUGUUUAAACCUGAA